CCAUUAUCCAAUUUAUUUCCGAAACCGCUAUUAGUCACACACUCCCUCAUUUCUCCACCUCCACACACACUCCUUCAAAUGAAACUAUAAUGAUUUUCUCUACUACUUCUUCUACUACGCUCUUCACUUGCAAUACUACACCUAGGGUUUCCGCUUCACCGUCUACUUCAAGAGCUGCUUGCUUACUGAAAUCCAGCUGCGGCGGCGCUUCGAGGCGGAGUCGGUCUUCCUUUCUCGUUUUAUGCGCUUCAAAGCUGUCGGAGGCGAUUGAUGGGAAGAAGAGUUCCACCAGCAGCACUGUAGCUGCUGCACCGGUGUUCGCUUCCAGCUCUGCUUACGACCAGGACGAGAUUUCGGCGCCUCGAACUUUCCUCGAUGCGCGUACUGAACAAGACCUGCUUUUGGGAAUACAGAAAGAAGCAGAAGCUGGAAGAUUGCCAAUAAAUGUUGCUCAAGGGAUGGAGGAGUUGUAUCACAAUUACCGAAAUGCAGUUUUCCACAGUGGACAUCCGAAAGCUCAUGAGAUUGUUCUCUCUAAUAUGGCCGUUGCAUUAGACCGCAUUUUCAUGGAUGUGCGGGACCCAUUUCAAUUCUCACCACACCACAAAGCCAUUCGAGAACCUUUUGACUAUUACCUAUUUGGUCAAAAAUAUAUCUCUCCGUUGCUUGAUUUCAGAAAUUCAUUUCUUGGGAACAGCUCCCUCUUCGAUGAAAUGGAAAAGAAGCUUCAGCAGGGUGAGAAUGUUAUUUUAAUCUCCAACCACCAAACUGAAGCAGAUCCAGCUAUUAUUUCUUUGUUGCUUGAAUCCACCAAUCCAUUUAUCGCGGAGAAUAUGAUCUGUGUGGCAGGGGAUAGGGUGGUUACAGAUCCUCUAUGCAAACCUUUUAGCAUGGGAAGGAAUCUUCUAUGUGUGUAUUCCAAGAAACACAUGAAUGAUGAUCCCGAGCUCAUAGAUAUGAAAAGAAGAGCAAACACAAAAAGCUUGAAAGAGAUGGCGAUGCUUUUGAGGGUUGGAUCAAAAGUUAUUUGGAUUGCACCAAGUGGUGGAAGGGAUCGCCCAGAUCCUGUUACAAAAGAAUGGUAUCCCGCACCUUUUGAUGCAUCGUCAGUGGACAACAUGAGAAGGCUUGUGGAACAUGCUGGUGUCCCUGGCCAUAUAUACCCCUUAGCAAUAUUGUGUUAUGAUGUUAUGCCCCCUCCAGCCCAGGUUGAGAAAGAAAUUGGGGAGAAAAGAGUGAUUUCUUUCCAUGGAGUUGGAUUAUCAGUUGCACCGAAAAUCAGUUACCAGGAAAUCACUGCAACUCUGGAAGAUCCUGAAGAGGCAAAAAAUGCAUUCUCAGAGUUACUCUAUUCUUCCGUCUGCGAGCAGUACGAUGUUCUCAGAUCUGCAAUACAUGGCAAACAAGGUCUUGCAGCAUCAACUCCUACUGUCUCACUGUCACAACCAUGGGAAUAGUUCUCUUCGGAUUGUUUUUGCUUAUAACCGGCGAGAAUCUCAUCUUCUUUUGACACGUCCAUAGACACCUCAAGCUGAAGUCCCUCUCUUAGCUAAUCCACAAAUUCAUUAUCAGACCACUUUAUGAUUCGAGCUAAUAAUAGCGGUAUAACACAAACUGGACUUCCCUUUUUGUUGGGGAAAGAAACGAGAUAUCAAAGACGUCUUCAAGUUUCAGGCAAGUUGAGAUUUGUACAGUCCCUAGCGAUUACUUGUACAUCGUAUGUAGUAGCAUAUCAUGCAGUUAUAUCCUUUUUGCACUAGCGCCCAUUAUAUUGAUUUUUGUUUGAACAUAUGUGCCUGAGAAUGCGUUGUCCAACAUUUUUUGGUUAAUCAUGCGUUUUUGGAAGGAUGACUGGUUUUAGUUCUUAAUUUCAUUCGGAGGUGCAAGGAAAAGUAGGGCUCUUUCAGUUGGUGUUUGACUAAAAUGCAAGCAAGCAUCUAUAAGCUGCUUCUUUUCUUUUUUUCCUUUUUUGAUUUAGGAUUUGGAGUCUUGAAUAGCUUUUUUUCAAGCGAUUCUUGUUUUGAAUUUCCUAUCAAUGUCUGUAAAAUGAAAAAGUUAUUUGCAGUGGGCGAAAUACUGUCUUUGCCCCUACAAAAUAGUGGCCCAAAAAAGUCGAAAAAACAAAACUCUGUACCAACGACAUACCUUCCGAUUUUGGAACUUGAAAAUUCACAUUUCCCUUGUUUCC